CAUCCAUUAACAAAAGUUUACCUGGACUCAGACUACAUCUGCGAUGCUUGCAACCAGUACGGAAAUGGCACCGGCUUUCUCUGCAAACCCUGCGAUUUUAUCCUCCACGACUUCUGCGCAACCUGCCCUGAAACCCUCUCCCCCUGCCGCCACCACCACCAUGUCCUCACUCGCCACCUCUCCCCCUCCCAGACCGACAAAAUCUGCGACUUGUGCUCUGAUGAAAUAGAAGGCCUCUACUACAAUUGCCAGCCUUGUGGAUUCGAUGCGCACCCGAUCUGCACGCAGUUGUCCCGAAACGCGCACCAGAAUCGCGAUCCGAUUGAAGCCUGGUUCGCCGCUACCUUUGGAUCGAUUACGGCGAAAGGUUGGAUGCUUGCGGCUUCGAUUGCAGCGUUUAGUGCGUUUAUGGUAUAUGUGAUCAGUCAGGGAAGGCCUGGGUACUAUCCUGUGAACUACCAUCACCACCAUUACUACCUCGAUCAAUACAGGCAGAAGAAUCAGAAUUUUGGUGUGUUGUUGGCACUGAUGUUUGUGUUAUCUUUUGUAUUAAUUGUGGGAGUUAAAUUGAUCAAGGGACGUUAAGUUUGGAUCAGCUGUGUGAAUUCCAUGUUUGGAUUAA